GUGUUCCUUGAAUUUCAUUAGUGUAUCGGCUUUGCUUCUGGCCAAACUACCUUAUUAUAGUCUUAGUUUUCUUUUGCAUCUGUCUGGAUACGUUAGCUGCGCAACACGACCUGCCCACUCAUAACCCUUUCGUCGCGUUGCUGUGUGCAAGAGAAACGGUCGUGAGGACUUGUGUUGACAACAGAAAAAUGGGAGUUGUUAAAAAAAGAAAACACUCAACUUCCCCCACCGUGGAACCGAGUCAAGAAGAUUCAAAGAAGUUUGAAGAUCGCUGCAGAGACAAUCUUAAAAUUGCCAACUUGAAUUGGUUGAUCUGCUCAAACUGCCUUUCAUUAAUUUUUUACGUCUGUCACAUUGGUUGGAAUGUUAAUUGGCUGAUUUUCAAGCAAGAAAAAGAUUGGUGGUACUUGGGGUUUUGGUUAACUUCCGCGGUUAUUGUGACUGUUAGAAGUUUCCUGUUUUACAAUGACAACAAAACCUGUGGCCCCCGUGAUCGUUUGCCAGAGGAAUCCCAUGUGGCUAGGUGGAGCAAGUGGGUCCUCGGUUUGGUCUGUCCUAUUCCGAGGUAUUGGGAUUUAAUUAAAUAUGCCCGCCUAGCGAAACAAGCCAUUGAAAAUGACGACGCCUCCAAGAACAUUUAUUUUAGCGCUAUGAUUUGGGAAGAUGCCGAGUUACUACAACUGCGCCAAUUUGACAGUUUCAUGGAAUCUGCGCCUCAAUUAUUGCUCAAACUUUACAUCGCCCUAAAAGGAGGAUCCCAUUUUGGAGUUUUUUCGGUGAUUUUCAAAAUCUUCACUGUCGUCAGCUUGGCAUGGACAUUGGUCUCGUACGAUCAAAAAAUCUGUUUAAUGGACGGUGUGAAGAAAAGUGGCAAUUCGAACCAACGCAACCGAUCAAACGGCAUCACCAUAGACUACAACAAUGAUGCAGCAAUUAAUUGUAUUAAAGACGUAAACUGGACAAAUAGCGCCAUUCUAUGUUUAGCUAAUUUCUUGUGGAUAGUUGGCCGACUCAUGGCCUUAAGUUUGUUCGCAUCGGCUUACGGCUGGAUUAUUUGGCCCGUCUGCCUUGCCCACUUGAUCCCAAUUUUCAUUUGGCAUUUGGAAACAAAUUACAAUUUCAUGGACUCGUUGAGAUUGUCAUUUCUCCACCUUUUCGCUUAUUUGUACCCCACAAAAAAGGCAGGAGAAAAGGAGCCCACACACCCUCGAUUCUCACCUGCCAUGUAUCAGUCGGUCUGCUUGUGCGAGAAUGUGAUCCUUAUGAUCCUGUGGAUGGAAAGUUUGAGCAAAGGCGAUGAUUGGGAUAUAAUAAGGCUUUACUGGAUCAUUCAGUUUGUGACGACUCUUACCAGUUUCGCAUUGUUUUGGUGGGUUAAAGAAAUCAACAAAAUGCUGCGGGAACGCGACACUAGCCCAACUCAAACAGAAAACCAGCCGACAUCAGAAACAGCCUUAACCUUAUCGCCAUAAAUUGUUGAUUUUCUAACAUGGCCAUAACCUUAUUUGCUCCUGUUUAAUUGUCACGUUAAGAGUGAUCUUGACUUUAAUACAGAAUCACACCUCUA